GACAAAGUUAAAGCAACAGUGACUUCAGACAAUAUUUGAGUUAGGACACUCCUGAAAGUUCAGUAACAUCAUGAGUGCUGAUUUGCGGGAAAGCCUGAAGAGCAAAUUGCUGCAUCUAGAUUGUCAUUUUACAUGGGGCCUAAAAAAAGAAUUCAUUGAUGUUGAAAAUUUUGAGCAAAGGAUGCAUGAUGAAAUAAACUUUGCUGAAAUAAAAUCUGUAUACCACUGCUACAACCGUUUGGCUUAUGCAAGUCACUUGAAAGGAAAUUAUGAAGAAGCCCUUACACAAUUACAAAAAAGUGAAGAGAUCAUAAGGAGAGAUUAUACCAGUGACAUAGACCGGCAUAUUGUUGUUACGUAUGGAAAUUUUGCAUGGGUGUACUACCACAUGGAUAGAACAACUGAAUCUGAAAACUAUAUUCAGAAGGUGCAAAACAUUUGUAAAAAACUAGGGAGUACAUCCCUUUACACAGCUCCACUUGCUGAAGUAUAUAGAGAAAAAGGCUGGACAUUACUUACAUUCUGUAGAAUAUACUAUGUAGAAGCAGCAGAGUGUUUUGAAAAAGCACUCAAAGAAAAUCCCAGUGACCCAGAGAGCAAUUCUGGGUAUGCAGUAGCUUUGUACCGCCUUGAAACUCCUUUAUAUGUAAAAUCUAAACUUGAAGACAGUAAAUCCUUAUCACAGCUCAGACAGGCAUUAGCCAUAAAUCCAAAUGAUACAUUAUGCAUGGUGUUGCUUGGCUUGAAACUUCAGGAUUUUGGGAAGCAAAGAGAAGGGUUUGAGUGUAUUGAGCAGGCAUUACAGAAGUCUCCAGAUGUUCCACAUGUGAUACGUUAUGCAGCUAAGUUCUUAAGAAAGUAUGGGUCUGUAGACAUGUCUCUUCAGUUGUUAAAGAAGGCAUUAGAGAAGACACCAAACUCUGCAUUCCUGCACAGUCAAGUUGGUAUAUGCUACCAGCAAAAGUUAUGUAGCUUAAAAAAUAAAGUAUAUCCUAGGGGUUGCUCCGUGGAAACAGCUGAUUUAAUUAGAAAGAUCAUUUAUCAUUUAGAAAUGGCUGUAGAACUUAAGCCACAGUUUCACAUCGCACUUCUGAUUUUGGUAGAUGCAUAUAAAGAAGCUCACAACUAUGAAAAAGUUGAAGUAUGUUUUAAGAAACUCUACGAUAUACCUAGCAAUACACCAGAGAACCUUCAGGAAAUACAUUUGGCUUAUGGACUGUUCCUACUGAAAGACAAAAAGUCAGAAUCGGAUGCUGUUCUGUAUUUCAAAGAAGGGUAUAAAAUUAAAAAUCCCUCAAGGUCAAGGCAGAUGUGUUGCAGCAAUCUCACUAAGAUUGCUGAGAGAAAGUUAUCUAUAAAUCCUAAAGAUAGCACAGCUCUUGGCAUUCUUGGAUUUGUUCACCUUCAGAAUGAAGAAAAGUCACAGGCCAUUGAACACUACAAGAAAGCCCUGCAGUAUGAUCCUGACAAUGAAGACUAUUUAAAUGCUCUCACUGAGCUUCAACUGUCACUCUAGGAAGGAAACGGGAUGUGCAGCUUCAUAAAAAAUGUUAGUUAUGGUGGCAGAAGUACCAGAUAUUUAAAAUAAUCAUGUAUAUGUAACAGUUUAAAAAAUAUAUACAACUCAAAAUGUAAAGUUGUAUUCUAGAGGGAAAGAGGUCAUUAAUAUUGUAGUAAGGCAUUGGUAAGUGCUAGAGAAGUAUUGAGAUAAUUCUUUCAUUUAUGAAUUUUGAUAAUGUGUAAAGAAAUUCUUCUAGAACAGUGACUUGUCUUUUACAAAAGGAUAAAAGAUCAUUAAUACAUAAAAGUUUCAUUAUAGUCAUCCAGACUGACAUGCUUCAUAAGCUAAGCAGUAGUGGUGAUGAUUAUAUCUCACCUAAGUCAUAUAGUGCAUAAGAUCCUCAGCAUCGGUCCAUCUCCAUACUUUUUGUAUCAUCUAUUUUUUUGACAAUUUGACUUAAACAUUAUAUGGAUAAGGAGUGCUCAGGAAGAUGGCCUGCUGCUGCUUCCAGCAUUUUCAUUUAUUUAUCUUUUUUUAUAGCUCUGCUGACUUCCAUCAAAAGGACUUCUGUAUCAUGGCAUUGUUUUAGAUUAUUUUUGCCCCCUGUCCUGUCAAGCAUCAAAACUCCUCUCAGUCAGACAAAGCACAUUCAUUCCUCCUCUCCCUGGAUUAUACCCACUACCAAGUUGAUAGCUGUUUGAGGAGGUGGUUGGGUAUCAUGCAAGCAGUGAUGACAGCGCUUUGUGAGAAGAGACAGUGCCUGGUAGUAGUCAUUCUCUAGCCACUGUACUGCAGAUAUUGGAGAAAUAUUAAUUGUCACAUAUUAAUGCUUCAUGUAAUUAGCUUGGUUUUGUGUUAUGUGUACUACUACUUAUUCAUCUGCUUUGGGUAACUACAGCCCUUUUCUUUGAUUAGAUGAGAUAAUUCCAUUGCCCACUGGAGGUCCAGUCAUUUACCAAUCCAGAACCACAUUUUACUCAGUUGUAUAGCACAGUAUUAUUUCUCAUUUCAUAUUACCUUCUCCCAGCUGGUUCUGUAUGUGAUUCAGAGUCCAUUUCUGAACUUUAGUUAUUGGCAGGAUGUGGUUCUAAUGGGGUCUGGAGCAAAGAACUGAUGCGUUCCUUCUGAGCAGACAGAGGUAUGAACUAAACAUCAGAAACUGUCAGAAACCACAUAAAUAAUGAGUGGUGUGCAUAGUCAUGUGCAAAGCAUGUACUUCCACAAGUAGCAGACGCAUGCAAGCACAGGGAGAUUCAGGGUGCAGCGUUAUACACGUCUGCAAGCUUUCAAAAGUCACAAGAAAAGUUGUAUGUAAAUGAUGCACUAUAUGCUACUGAAAAGUACCUCCACCUUUGUGAUUCUGAGUCUCAGAAAAGGCAUGCACUGCCAUUUGCAGUUGCUCUGCAAUGGAAAGAUGCUUGGAGUAACAGGUUGCUUUUUGAUUUCUUGCUUUGCAUCUCUUGUUGUUCUGGUACUACAGUUUGCUGCAGCCAGCAGUUCUUGUCAUCCAAGGUGUAGGAAUUACUAGGAAGGUCUAAUGUGUUCUGCUUUUGAAGAUUAGGAAGGACUGGCUUUAUAUGGUUAGGGAUAAAAUAUGGGUGUUGGUGAAUUUGUAUGGCCUGCCUAUACCUGUGGAUACCAGGGUAUGUACAGCUACACUAUACUUGCCGCAAGAACAUUCCAAAGACAGACUGGGAACAUGUUGUGUGUCUCACAAGCUUUGCCUCAUGGAUACUUCAACACUGCCUUGAUGUUAUUCUAGCUGAUGUGGAUGUGUAUAUCUGUUUUCCACAGAUACCACAGGAGAGUUUUACCACCAUGUAUGCUUUUUACAACCUGGAACACUUCCCUGAGGUGCUUGAUGGAAUAGGUUGCCCCAUAUGGACAUUAAAACACCACCUGAUCCACAGGAAGAAAUGUAUCCAGACUGGAAAGGGUACCAUUUCAUAAACUGCCAUGUAUUAUGUGAGGCACAUGGCUGUAUUAUGAGUUUCUUAGUCCAGAAAUCUGAUACGGUCCAUGAGUCCCAGAUUUGGUGCAAAAGUUAACAUUGUCUGCAUGGAUGAAUGCCACGUGGACACCUCAUAGGUGAGUGCAGCAAAAAUAACCAAACACCCACAGGUAAUUGUAAAAUAAUGAGGAAGAUGUAAUGCAUGACCACCCUGUCUCCAUGUACCCACCAUCUCUGUUUUAUAUGUUUUGAACUGAUGCAAGAUAUGCACUUGAAUCUUGGAUCAUGACACCAGAUUUGAACCCACAGGGAGCUGCAUGGAAUGUCACAACACUUCCCUGUCAAAGACAGGCACAGUAGUAGAGUAAGUAUUUGUCCUGCUUAAAGCACAUUUCCAUUAAGUGGAUGAGUCUGUGGGGGUUCUUCAGUACAACCCUGAUACUGCAUGCAAAAUGUCUAUUAUGUACCACAUUCUGCAAAAUAUGAUUCACUGCCAGUCUGGACCACCAGUGUCACCACUGGUUGUGCAGCUCCCUCAUAUGUUCCACCUAGAAUUUUCAACAGUUAGUUCAGACACAACAGCCAAUGAAAAGCAGCAGCAGCAUGGCACCCCCUCAGACAGGUUCAUGAAUGAUACGUGGCAGAACAAAGUGGCAGCAUCCAGUCCACAUCUAUGGGCUUUGACAACCACUGUGUUACAGUGUGAAGUUACAAAUAUAAAAAUUGGUGCAUGCAGUCUGAACUGCUGGAUAUGCUGGCGGGUGCAUGACUGACUAACCACGUGUAUCAGACAGCAUAUCCAGCAGUUCAGACUGGAUGUGCUGGCUGGUGCAUGACUGACUAACCUCAUGUAUCAGACACCCCCUCUUACCAUAUACUAAUGCGUAUUUGAUAUGGUCAAACCAUCAUCAUUUGCACAGUGGUGUGGUGUGAAGGAUGUAGAACAUGAGGUGUGCAGGCUAAAUCUGGUUCAUGUCAUACACUAACCCAUAGGGUUAGGCAACCUCCAUUCAAACAGGAAUUGGUACUGUCAUGAGGGACUGACAUUGAGUUUCUGCAGUGGUACUUUGUAUGUGACACUGAUGAGAACCGAGACAGUGAUCAGCAAGAACAGCAUGAGCAGGACCUGGACAAUGAGGCCCUUCCAAGUGAUGUGGAAGUCACUAAUGUUCAUCAGUCUGACUUGUGGAGGUCUCCACAUUCUGGGAUACAGCAGUUGACUGAGCCAUCCAUGCUACAUGCCCAACAUGGCCUCCAUGUAUGUGGACUUGAACUCUGACUGCCCUAACUGAUUCUGCCAUAUGCGACAACUAGGUUUUCACAAGUGUGGACAUAAGCUGCUAUAGAUGUUUUGUAAGCAUGCUCCACAGAGAAGCAUCAUGACAUUAGUGCGGACCUCCACCAUUUUCAUAUAUUGAUAAAUAUUCUCAGAUAUACCUAGCAACAUUCUAAUCAUCUCUGCCUGAUUCUGAAUAACAGUAGCUUGUACCUGGACAAUGUUUCAGGAGCCAGCUGUCAUCACUGAGUUCAUCAGGCACCCCUUCGGACAGGCUGUACAGUGUGUAGUCCAGCCUGUGACACUUCCAGGAGUUCCCUUUGUGGCUUUGAGAUACAAGGUGAGGGUUCAUGGGAAUUUCACCCCUUGCAGUCAAUGCAUUUUCCCAUGGUGGAGUACCUUUGGCCCAGCAUUGGCCUUGUCAUAGCCAUCAACCUGCUUUGUGGUCUUGAGUCACUGCCUGUACACUUUGCAUCUGGGUACCAUUGCCCUCAAGUUGUAUUCUGCAAAAGAGAAUAAUGGGAUCAUCGCCAGCUGCCACAUGUCUGUGAACAUUAGCCUAUUGUCUUCAACAAAAAUGUUACCAGUGCUGGUGCAGUUGUUGGGAGAUCUGUGAACAAAUAACAAACCAUUUACCAUUGUGCACUACACUACACAUGCAGAUGUAUAUGCCUGUACAGUAAACAGAAAAGGUAAACUGAAGGAAAAUUAUGAGUAAUUUGUGAAGUUUCUUUGUUUUCAAGGACAAUUGAUGAUCCUGAUGCACCUGUCAGAAAAAACACUCAAAGAGGUAUAUACCAAUGCUGUCUGAAUACACAUUGGGUAACUGUCCUAAUAUUCCACUGCAGGUUAAGCAUAGUGAUCUGCUCUACCAGCUGUGGGCACACAUGGUGUGGCCUAAACUGCUAGAAUCUAAGCCAUCUAGAAUAGUUACUAUGCCAUCCUCAUUACCAUCAAAAUCCUUACCAUGAAAUUACAUAAACCGCUUCUAAUAAGUUGCAAGACUGCCCUGUGGAAAGAUCUUCAUCAGUGGCAUUUUAAACAAUAGCAUUCUGUCAGGCUUUACUUUUGACAUGGCAAACAGUGUAAUUUCCUCUGCAAUUACAAUCAGCCAAAUCCUUGCCAAUAUCCCAGUGGCAUUAAUGUCUUCCAGCAUCACUUUCCACACUUAGUGUGCUCAGUCUGUCUAGUAUUACCUUUACUGUAGAGAUUUCAAGUAGUUUAUUCAGUUAGAUAAAUAGAUAGAUAGAUAGAUAGAUAGAUAGAUAGAUAGAUAGAUAGAUAGAUAGAUAGGUAGAUAGAUAGAUAGAUGACUCUUCUUGUUCUUGUUCAAGCAUAUUGCUAGGCAUUAUAUACCAGGAGGUGCCCAUACCAUUAUCUCCACUGUCAGAUGUGUGGCUGUGACAGGACAUUUAUAUACCCCAUUAGCAUAUUGUUCAUCUUAAGGCAUACUGGCAACGUCUGUACUGUGCUAACAAUUCCUUUUUCCUCAACAGCAUGUAAUGAGAUUGAAAUGGACAGGCACAUGUUCUUCAGGAAGCUAAAAUGCCUAGCCCCUGACCCGGCAUGUUCUAUCUUUUCAUUUGUCAGAUUUCAAUUCAUGUUUCAUAAUUUUUAUCAUUUGCAUUAUAUUAAUGUUUACUUUCUUUCCAUUUAUUUUUCCUUCUCAACCUAGGGUACCUCUGCUGCAGCCCUGUGCUGCUUCAGUGCAUAAAAACUCUCUGCAUGUUGUACAUCAUGGGACUACCUCAUCUGGGAAAAGAGGAGGAUCUAUAUGCCUUAAAAUAAAGGAUAAGCACUUACGUCCUUAUUCUUUUAGCCAUAAUUGGUUCAGUCUGGACAUGUGACUACCUCUUUUGGAAAUAAGAAAAGUUUUCUUGCAAAGUGAAUUUUAUGGUUCUGAUGAAGUCCUAAAAGAAUGAAGACAAAAGCGCUUAAUCUUUUUUAAACUAGUUUUUUCAUUGCAUCCUGUGAAAUGUACAAAAGUAUCACUUUCUAAUUAAAAACAUUAUACCAGCAGUGCAUCCUGGAUGAUAUUAAAUGGAUGGUGGAGAUAUUGCAUGAGAAUAUUGGGCAUUUCUAGUAUAAUUUUAUUUUCACUACAUGGACGCAUGCUGUUUUCUUCUAAAAGAGGUGGAUUCACUUCAGCCAGAAGCCCAGAAUAUGCACCACUGCCUGCACAGCCACAAUUGCAGGCAAUGCUGGAGAAUGCAGUGUAGAGGACACAAGUGAGGCAGUGAAGACCCAUAUCAACAUCUCCUUCACUGAGUUCAAUAUUUGCUGAUCUGGCAGCCUCCAAACAUUGAGCCUUCAGAGAAUACCAUCCCAACACUGGGGACUACCUGCCCUCACACCCAUGAGCAGUGUUCAGAUGAAUAGUCUCUAGGUUAGUUUGGACAUGCACCUGUCUCCAUUUCCCCCUCCUAUUAUCUCUAGACUAUAUCCCCAUUGUCUUGUGCCAUGACCAACCUUUGUGUAUUGCCCCACAUUCUCCCACAUCAUCAGUUGUUCAUAGGUUCAUAGGUGUGUACUAGGCUAAUGUCCCUUGAGCCUUUGCAAGCCUAGCCCAUAGAAGUGCCAUGGCAUUGUGCCACCUAACAUCAGUUCCCAGUGGCUCUAUCAAGUAGAGCCACUGGAGUAAUCCCCGGGGUGAAUUUUCUAUUUCUCAUCCAUUCAUCAAAAUUCCGAUUGAAGAGGGCCAGU